AUGGCCUCGUCGUCUAAGCAGGACGGGUACGACUACACCGAAGGUGCUUCUGCAAUCGACAUCCAACAGGCUCUAGCGAAUAAUGCUCGGCGAGGUCGGCGAGAUUCUCGUUACGGUGCAGAGGGGGAGGGCGCUAUGUUUGACGGUCCUAGUCACUCGGUGAUCCCCAGCAGCGUGUCGCGAAUGUCUCUGGACGGCCGGCGCAGCAGCGAUGCCUGGUCGAGGGGUAGCAGAUCCCGCAGGCGCAGCGAGGCGAGCGAGGCGAGCACGAGCGCAGGAGUCGCGCAGAGUCCUCAUAGCAGGAUCAGCAACGAUUUCUCAUACGGAUCUGUAGACCGUGUCGAAGAUCAUGGUCAUGAAAACGAGUACUCGGGAGACGAAGGUGAGGAUAUCGGAUUGCCUAGCCGGCUGAAGCGAAGAAAGUCACCGUCCCCUUCCAAUCCACACAAUCGGUCUACUGUCUUCGAGAAUAUUGCCCAUAUCUUUGGCAGGAGUGCUCCCGGGCCUGUGACAGAGUCUCCACCGCGCAGCCGUCGCCUGUCCGUUGCCAGUCGCACGUCGAGGACUAGGCUGCUUCGGCGCACUAGCAGCAGGCGUUCAGAAGCCAGCUCUGACUACUCUAUGGAAAGGGACGAGGACAACGAGGAGCGCUGGGGCUACUCUUCUGGAGAAGAGGACGAAGAAGCAUUAUCCGUCGAGUCCGAUGUCGGUAGUUUGCUUCCCAGCGGCAGUGAACACGAUUAUGGGUCCUAUCCUCCGUCGCCAGGGCCAUCACUUCCUUUGCUUUCAAGCGAUGCAAUCUUCGGAGCGGAAACUCGCAUUGACAUGGUGGAUUUUGAAAACCUUGCACCUCCUCCCCCCGGCCCUCCAAGUCGACAGACCAUCUACGUCGCGGACGAAGAUAUUGAUAUCCGCAUGAUUGGCUAUGAGGUAAUACCUCUGCGAAAGUGGAUCUGGCGACUGUCGUGUGUCGCUACACUGGGCAUACUUGCAUUGCUCGGUCACUGGCUUCCGCGUAUGUGGCUCCGCUUUGUCACUCGAGAAAAGGCAUUUGUCGAGAUCAAGGACGGCUUCGUUGUUGUUGAGUCUCCCUACAGAGAUAUCGCCUUGUUUCCACUUCACAGAAUAGACUACCCGUAUGAUUUGUCGACGGUAUUCUCUUUGCCCUUAGAUGCCUCAGCUCGCCUCCCAGUGUCGAGGACAUCAGCACGUUCGCAUUUGCAAAAUGGCGAUGCGAAUGAAAAGUUACAAAGUUUGCUUGUCGUUGACUACCGAUAUGCUCGCUUUGCACUCGACCCCAGAACUGGUCUGUUCAGCACGGUCAGUGAUUGGCGAGACUCUUCGUGGACAACGAUUUCGUCUGUUCAAAACGGCUUAGAAAAAGCUGUACAGACGCAGAGAACGACUCUGUUCGGCCUGAACGUUAUUGACAUAGAGGCGAAGUCGACAGGCUCGCUUUUGGUAGAUGAAGUCAUACAUCCGUUUUACGUUUUUCAAAUUGCCAGUAUUAUUUUGUGGUCCAUGGACGACUAUUAUUAUUAUGCUUUCUGUAUCGCCCUCAUUUCUGCAAUCAGCAUCAUUACAACGUUGGUGGAGACGAAGAAAACGAUUGCGCGUAUGCGCGAAAUGUCCAGAUUCAUGUGCCAAGUCAAAGUUUUUACCUCCGGCGCAUGGACAGAAUGUGACUCCUCCGCACUUGUGCCCGGCGAUGUAGUCAACCUCGUAGAUCCUCCUCUGACAACUUUACCCGCGGAUAUGUACCUCCUUUCCGGUGACGCUAUCGUUAACGAAAGUAUGCUGACGGGAGAAAGUGUGCCAGUGGGCAAGACCCCCAUUAAGGACGAGGAUCUCGCACGAUAUAGAGACGCUAAGGAUAUCACUGGCGAUAGCUCCAAGGGUUUCCUGUACGCUGGUACUCGUGUCGUGAGGGUCCGAAGCAACAUGGCACCGGAUGGAAGUCCGAGGAUCCCUGCAUUAGGUCUUGUAGCGCGUACCGGCUUCAACACGACGAAGGGCGCCUUAGUUCGGUCGAUGUUAUUCCCUAAACCGGUUGGGUUCAAGUUUUAUCGUGACUCGAUCAGGUUCAUCCUCUUUCUCACUGGCAUUGCGGGACUUGGGUUUUGUGCGAGUGCUGUCCAGUUUGUCAGACUGGGAGUGAAAUGGCACACUAUUCUCAUCAGGGCGCUCGACCUAAUUACUGUGGUCGUACCCCCUGCGCUACCUGCAACGCUCUCCAUUGGUACCAGCUUCGCAAUUGGCCGUCUGCGGAAGUUAGGCAUCUUCUGCAUUGCACCAAGUCGCGUAAACGUCGCUGGCCAGAUCAAUGUAUGCUGCUUUGACAAGACGGGCACAUUGACGGAGGAUGGAUUGGACAUCCUCGGGGUGCGUGCUCUGGAACGGAACGUCGACAGGUUCGGUGAGCUUCUCGAGAAUAUCCACGACCUCCCAGCGAGCACAGAGAAGGCAAACUUCCUUUAUGCCCUCGCGACAUGUCAUCAGCUGAGGUUGGUUGAUGGAGAGUUCAUUGGUGAUCCUCUUGAUGUCAAGAUGUUUGAGUUCACUAAGUGGACUCUGGAGGAAGGGGACAUCUCGGUCAAAGGAGUAGUAAAGAACAGGGCAAAUGCUGACCGGCCGGCUGCGCUGGUACAAGUUGUGGUGCGUCCUCCAGGUACGGCUCAGUUCAGCCUUGAAGAUGCCCUCAAAGGGGCCGGGAGACGUGCACACUUCCUCGAGUUAGGAGUCAUCCGGACAUUCGAGUUCGUCUCGGCGUUGCGGCGCAUGAGUGUCAUCGUUAAACGCCUCAAGAGCAACAGUAUGGAGGUUUACGUCAAGGGUGCACCCGAGGUUAUGACCGACAUCUGCGACAAAGAUUCCUUCCCUCAGGAUUAUGACGAUCUUCUUUCGUACUACACUAAGCGCGGAUACAGAGUAAUUGCGAUCGCGGGGAAAAGUAUCGAAGGUCUCUCUUGGUUAAAGGCUCAGAGACUGAAGCGUGAACAAGCAGAGUCGGGUUUACGCUUCCUUGGCCUGAUCAUUUUUGAGAACAAACUCAAACCCGGAACGACUCCUGCAAUCCAGGCCCUUCGCAGCGCGCACUUUGCGUGCCGCAUGAUCACUGGAGACAACCCUCUUACCGCUGUCAGUGUCGCGAGAGAGUGCGGAUUGAUAAAUCCUGCUGCUCACGUGUUUGCACCGUCCUUCCUUCUGGGGAAUUCAUAUACACAUUUGUCUAAGCUCGAAUGGUCGGACAUGGACGAGCCAGAUUGGAAGCUCGACGACUACAGCCUAAAGCCGCUCCCUUCGCCCCAUCAUCUUACUGAAGCCCACGAGCUCGAGUAUCAGGACUAUGCCUUGGCCGUCAGUGGAGAUGUUUUCCGAUGGAUGAUCAAUCACGCGCCAUUGGAGACCCUUCAACGGAUGCUUGUUAAGGCGCAGGUUUUUGCGCGCAUGUCCCCAGACGAGAAGAACGAGGUCGUGGAACGACUGCAAGGCUUAGGCUAUACGGUGCUCAUGUGUGGAGACGGCGCGAACGAUUGUUCAGCGCUGAAAGCUGCCGACGUAGGGCUUUCACUUUCAGAAGCAGAGGCGUCUGUUGCGGCUCCAUUCACCAGUCGCACGCCGGACAUCAGCUGCGUUCUGGAGGUCAUCAAGGAAGGGCGUGCUGCUCUGGUGACGAGCUUCAGCUGCUUCAAGUACAUGGCCCUAUAUUCGCUGAUUCAGUUCACGACUAUUACGCUGUUGUACUCGUUCGCGUCGUCUUUGGGAGACUUCCAAUUUUUGUAUAUCGACCUCUUCAUCAUUAUUCCUAUCGCCGUCACCAUGGGUCGCACACUCCCGUUCCCUCGCAUCCACCCCAAGCGUCCCACUGCUAGUCUGGUUUCGAAGAGGGUAUUGUCGAGUAUCAUUGGUCAGAUAUUGAUUACAGCAGCUGUUCAACUCUGGGCGUUUGUCUGGGUCCGUAGACAAGAUUGGUACACUCCCCCUGCUCGCUCAGAUCCCAAUGGGGAUAGCGAUCAACUUGAGGCGAGCAACUACGAAAACUCAGCACUGUUCCUCGUGUCCUGCUUCCAGUAUAUCCUCGUCGCAGCUGUCUUCAGCAUCGGCCCUCCCUAUCGGAAACCAAUCUGGACAAAUGCUCUGCUUAUGUUUUCGAUCACCGCGCUGUCACUGUUCAGUGUCCUUGUCCUAUUAUUCCCACCUGCACCCAUCGCAGCUGUCUUGGAGUUGAUGGAGCUCCCUUUCGCGGCACGCUUGACACUGCUUGUCGCCGUUCUCGUCAACAUCGUGUUGUCGAUGGCAUACGAACGCUGGGGCACCGCAGUCGUGACAUCCGUGAUCGGGUACUUCUUCCAGCUGCGUCGCCGGCGGCGCGUCAAAGAGGGCAAGACUUACAAGGCUGUUGAAGGCGGUAUGCGAUGA